GCCCAUUUCAAGUGCGCCCUCUAUUGAAAGGUAAACACUGCAGGAGUUCAGCUGCUCAAAAUUUCGAUUCUGGACCAUACCCGAUUUCGGGAACCUAUACCCAUCAUAGGGACUUCAAUCUGACAACAAACAGACUGAUGACCCACGCCUCAUACCCUGUCAUCUCACUACAACCUACCUCGCCUCCCGGCAUCCGCGACUGUGACAUCGAUCGGCCCGACAAUCAUCUUCGGCUCAGCCUCAUCGCUCGACCUCAACUGCAUCAAGGUAGAGAUCCCUUGCUAUCCAUUUAAAAUUUAUCAAAAAAGAAAUUCCUUCUGAAUACUGUCUGGUCCGUGAUAAUCUUCUGCUAGAAUGGCAGAUAUUGGAGUUGAUGCAAAGAUGAUGGUUGAAAAGUGCAGGAGAGCCUUUGACGAGGGCAAGACGAGGUCUUAUGAAGCGAGAAUACAACAUCUUCAAAACCUGCUACGUAUGAUAGCAGAAAACAAGAAGGCCUUUGUUGAUGCGAUGUACAAAGACUUGAGGAAGCCUGAAUUUGAAUCUGUUACAUUUGAAGUAGAUUUUGGUUACAAUGAGUGCAUCUUGGCGAUCAAUGAACUACAACAAUGGAUGAAACCGGAGAAGGUUGCUAUACCAAUGGCAGGAGUAGGCAAGCAGUGCUUCAUCAAUCGGGAUCCACUAGGUCUGGUCCUGAUUAUUGGGGCCUGGAACUAUCCAUUCCAGCUUCCCAUACAUCCACUGAUAGGGGCUAUAGCUGCAGGUAACACCGCUAUCAUAAAACCCUCUGAGGUCAGUCCCGCGACUGCUCAACUCUUUGAAGAGCUAUUCCCCAAGUACAUGGACACUAGUUGUUUCCAGUUGGUAACUGGUGAUGCGGUGGUGACAACGGCGCUUCUUGAGCAAAGGUUUGAUCAUAUCUUCUUCACAGGAAGUACCUCUAUAGGGAAGAUCGUGCAGAUGGCAGCCGCGAAACACCUUACUCCAGUAACCCUGGAACUUGGGGGAAAAUGUCCCUUUUACAUUGACUCCAACUGUGACAUUGACGUCGCCGUCCAUCGGGUGGCCUCAUCCAAGUUCUACAACGCCGGCCAGACCUGUAUAGCGCCAGACUUCAUCAUAUGCCGCAAGGACCAGACGGACAGGGUGGUCUCGUGCCUGCGGAAGGCCGUCAAGGAAUUCUUUGGUGAGAAUCCCAAGAACUCCAGAGACUAUGGUAGGGUGGUCAACGCCAGACAUUUCAAACGGAUUUGUGCCCUCCUUGAUGGCCAGGAGAUAGAGAUUGGAGGCGAGUCUGACGAAGAUGAUCUGUACAUUGCACCUACUGUCAUCAUUAAUGCUAAGGAUACUGAUGGGAUCAUGCAAGAAGAGAUCUUUGGUCCCUUAUUGCCAAUAUUCAAUCUUGAGACCCCAGAGGAAGCCAUUCGUUUCAUCAAUAGCAGGGAGAAGCCUCUCGCUCUCUACGUCUUCUCAAGUAAUAUGAGAGUAAUAGACCAGUUUCGAAAUCAGACCUCAAGCGGAAUGUUCUGUGGUAAUGAGUGCAUGGUACAGGGAGGGGUUGAGACUCUACCAUUCGGAGGCAUAGGACACAGCGGAACGGGAAACUACCAUGGGAAGUUCACAUUUGAGACCUUCUCUCAUCGCAAGGCUUGCAUGGUCGAUCCAAUGUACACCGUAUCUGAAUUGGCCAGGAGGGUAUUCUAUGCACCGUACACGGAUCGGAAGACGGCGAUCAUUUCAUGGAUUCUUCGGAAGAAGCCGAAGAACAGGACAAUGUCUUUCUUUUUCCAAGUUACCGGACUGGUGGUCCUGCUAGCUGUACUGUACAAGGUAAUUCAUUGGGUAAAAGGCUGCAUGAGAAAGUGAAAAAUGAAUUAUUUAUAUGUUUUAUUAAUCGCAUGCUACACCCCUUAACAAUUAUGAGUAUUUUAUUGUUUUUAAGUUAUUAAUAUAUAUUGUAAAUCAACCAUUGGAAUUGGGACAGGGGGCUUUAUGCCACAGUAAUUAAGUUAACUUUUUCUGUCCCUGGCGUUCCAAUGGUUGAUAUCUCUUAUUUUUAUAUUGUUUACACUGAAAUGUAUUUUUGAAUAUUAUUUGCCGAAUAAAUAAUAAUAGUAAUGAGCGUAGGAAUGGAGAUGAUGAGAAAGCAAAAUAAUGAUGGAGAAAUGGUGCAUAAUAAUAACAAAAUAUUUUCAUAAGAGGAACAAUAAUGUAAAGAAACUAUGGAAACUCUUGGGGAGAAAAGAAGGGUUAUGAAGAAGGGUAGUAGAAAAGUCAGCAGCAAGAGAAGAAGGUGGAAAGAUAGAGAAGAAGAAGAAGAUG